UUGACGGGGCUGGCAGUGGCGCUGUAGCCCCAGGUCCUGUCGGGGCAUGUGAGUGGCGGUGGGGCUGAGAUUUGCCAACCUCUCCGCUCGGGGGGAUUUUCAGUGUUCCAGGACGGGGUGUUCUGCGAGUCUUCCUCUCUCCACCCUCCGCUGACUCUGUGUCCUCCCUGCCCGCAGACCCCGGGGACUCAGGGUGGAAGGGAGCUCUCACCCCAGGGAAGAAGAGACACCAAGUCCCCCGGGGCUGCCUGCACGUAGCCCUCAGCCUCCUUCCUCAUCUCUCCGGCCCCCGCCCGGGCCAGCAGCUCGGCCGGUUUGAAAUACCCCUCCUUCCCGCUUUGAAGGAGGCCGGGCUGGCCGGGGGGUUAUUUUGGGAGCAGCUUCUGAGAUCCAAUGGCCUUGUUAGGGCAACGCUGACCUUUCCGUCCCGGGAGGAGGGCAGGGUUGGGGAGGGGGCGGGGCGGCGGCCGAGCCACACGCAGCCCCGCACACCCCCCGCUGGAGAAGGGGGCCAGCCUGGCGCGGGGGCCAGCAGGGGAGCUUCCCCGCUUCGAAGCAGGCGGGACCCCUUGCUUCUUAAAGGGAUCACACCGUUUGGCCUCGGACUCCAUGGAAGCCAGACGCGGGACGCUUUGCGGGGACUUGGAGUCUUUCCUCUCCGCCCCCUUCCCCGCGGGCGGCCACGCUCGGGCCGACUGAGGGGGGCUCCUGGCAUGGCACUGACCAGUCGCCCCGGUGCUGACUUGGCUCCUGGGCUCGGUCGGCCUCUGCUGGCAUCCUCCUGCUUCCCCCGUCCCGGGGCGGGGUGGUGAGUCGGGGGCCCGGCCCCGAGGUGCCCUCUGCACCCAGGCUGGAGGACAGGGAGGCCGUCAGGGGCUAUGAUGAGAUGAGCGGGGGCCGCUUCGACUUUGACGAUGGCGGGGCGUACUGCGGGGGCUGGGAGGGGGGCAAGGCCCACGGGCACGGCCUGUGCACCGGCCCCAAGGGCCAGGGCGAAUACUCGGGCUCCUGGAACUUUGGCUUUGAAGUGGCAGGCGUCUAUACCUGGCCCAGCGGAAACACCUUUGAGGGCUACUGGAGCCAGGGCAAACGGCAUGGGCUGGGCAUAGAGACCAAGGGGCGCUGGCUCUACAAGGGCGAGUGGACACACGGCUUCAAGGGACGCUAUGGCAUCCGGCAGAGCACCAGCAGCGGUGCCAAGUAUGAGGGCACUUGGAACAAUGGCCUGCAGGAUGGCUAUGGCACCGAGACCUACGCAGAUGGAGGGACGUACCAAGGCCAGUUCACCAACGGCAUGCGCCACGGCUACGGCGUGCGCCAGAGCGUGCCCUACGGGAUGGCCGUGGUGGUGCGCUCGCCGCUGCGCACGUCGCUGUCGUCCCUGCGCAGCGAGCACAGCAACGGCACGGUGGCCCCGGACUCGCCCGCCUCGCCGGCCUCGGACGGCCCGACGCUGCCGUCGCCGGCCAUCCCGCGCGGCGGCUUCGCGCUCAGCCUGCUGGCCAACGCCGACGCGGCCGCGCGGGCGCCCGGGGGCGGCGGGCUGUUCCGGCGCGGCGCGCUGCUGGGCAAGCUGCGGCGCUCCGAGUCGCGCGCGUCGCUGGGCAGCCAGCGCAGCCGCGUCAGCUUCCUCAAGAGCGACCUCAGCUCGGGCGCCAGCGACGCCGCCUCCACCGCCAGCCUGGGCGAGGGCGCCGAGGGCGCCGACGAGGCCGCGCCCUUCGAGGCCGACAUCGACGCCACCACCACCGAGACCUACAUGGGCGAGUGGAAGAACGACAAGCGCUCGGGCUUCGGCGUGAGCGAGCGCUCCAGCGGCCUCCGCUACGAGGGCGAGUGGCUGGACAACCUGCGCCACGGCUACGGCUGCACCACGCUGCCCGACGGCCACCGCGAGGAGGGCAAGUACCGCCACAACGUGCUGGUCAAGGGCACCAAGCGCCGCGUGCUGCCGCUCAAGAGCAACAAGGUCCGCCAGAAGGUGGAGCACGGCGUGGAGGGCGCCCAGCGCGCGGCCGCCAUCGCGCGCCAGAAGGCCGAGAUCGCCGCCUCCAGGACAAGCCACGCCAAGGCCAAAGCUGAAGCUUCGGAACAGGCCGCCGUGGCCGCCAACCAGGAGUCCAACAUUGCCCGCACUUUAGCCAGGGAGCUGGCUCCGGACUUCUACCAGCCAGGUCCGGAAUACCAGAAGCGCCGGCUGCUCCAGGAGAUCCUAGAGAACUCGGAGAGCCUGCUGGAGCCCCCCGAGCGGGGCGCCGCGGGCCUCCGGGAGCGACCCCGCGAGAGCCCACAGCUGCACGAGCGCGAGACCCCUCGGCCCGAGGGUGGGCCCCCGUCGCCGGCCGGGACGCCCCCGCAGCCCAAGCGGCCCCGGCCCGGGGCGUCCAAGGACGGCCUGCUGAGCCCGGGCGCCUGGAACGGUGACCCCGGCGGCGAGGGCAGCCGGCCGACCACGCCGUCCGAGGGCGCGGGUCGCCGCAGCCCGGCGCGCCCGGCCACGGAGCACAUGGCCAUCGAGGCGCUGCAGGCGCCGCCCGCGUCGCCGCCGCACACGCCGUCGCAGGAGCCCGAGGUGGCGCUUUACCGGGGCUACCACAGCUACGCCGUGCGCACCGCGCCGCCCGAGCCGCCGCCCUUCGAGGACGAGCCCGAGCCCGAGCUCUCCGGGCCCGACUCCGCGCCCUCGUCCCCGUCCACCGCGCCCUCGUCCCCGGCCGGCGCCCCGAUGCACGGCCCCGCGCUCCGAGGCCCCGCGCCGGAGAGCCCCGCCAAGCUGGAGCCCAAGCCCAUCGUCCCCAAAGCUGAGCCCAAGGCCAAGGCCCGCAAGACUGAGGCCCGUGGGCUGACCAAGGCCGGGGCCAAGAGGAAGGCACGGAAGGAGGCAGCGCUGGCGGCGGAGGCUGAGGUGGAGGUGGAAGAGGUCCCCAACACAGUCCUCAUCUGCAUGGUGAUCCUGCUUAACAUCGGCCUGGCCAUCCUCUUCGUGCACCUCCUGACCUGACCCUCAUCUGCCAGAGCCAGGAGUUCCUGCUGAGGACACGAGGACCUAUCUUUCUGCAAUGCCAGGCAGGGUGGCCAAGGAGGACUGGACUCUGGACCUGCAGCCUGGGGGUCCAGCUCACAUUCACACCGCAGACGUUUAAGGAGCCCUCUGUGGCGCCUGCGCUGGAUGGCUGGUGGUGCCCAGAGGGGUAGAAUGAGCUGGGAACCUCCGGGGGUUUUCCACCCAGGACAAGGGAAGCCCCAAGGGAAGAGCCAGGUCCCUUGAGCUUCCUGAUCUGCUCCUGUCCGUCAUCCUGAUCCACUCCCCCACCUGGCCCCUCGGUCACCCCUCCCUGGGCUUUUGUGUGUUUUGGGAGAAGUCACCUAACCAGAGUAUUAAUAUUAAAUCCGAUCCCCCUCCCUCCUACCCCACCCCCACUUCAGUUUAGCCCUCUGGCUGUGGGCUGAGGCCUCCUGGGGUAGCUGGUGGGUUGAGGGGUGCUGAAAUCCCUUGUGGUGGGCACAGAAGACCCCCUCAGACCAGUGCCAAGGCCCUUUCUCGUGCAUUCUGGACCCAGCGCACAUGCCUUCCCUUGCUUACAGAUGUUCUGGACGACAGAGGAAAUGGACAAGCUCAGUCUGAAUAUCCCAGAAUACAGUGCUCUGUCUCCUCCCACCAGUCCAGUUAGUUUCCCCUCUGGACCAAUAGAAGAGGGAAGAUGAUGGAGUCUCUGACUGGGAAGCCACUAGCCCAGUGGCCAGGGGUGGGGGGUGGGAAGAAGGGUUAAGGGGCAGUUAUGCCGGGCCCUGUUUUUCAGUGUGUCUGAGCCUGAGGCUGGGGUUGCAUUUGGGGUUUCCAGUGUGCUUAGGGUGCUAACGGGUCACAUGCAGGAGCCCUGGGGCUAGCAGGAUAUGGCUGCCAUGUUGCCCUGUGAAUUGGUUUGUCCCCUUGCCCCACCAGGGCCCACUGCAAGCUCAGGGGAGCAUGGCUUGGAGGCCCAGGGAGGUUUCCCUGGGGCAGACCCUCAGGCAAGUGCUGGAGACGGGCUGCUUGUUAAGAAACAUUUCCCAGGAAGAGGGGAGCAAGUGGAGGGCUCCCCUUCGGCUUGCUUGGCAGAAGACAAUACUUGCAUGUACCUCACUUAAAGAUGUUUUGUACCACAUUGGCUCCUGGCCCUCGUGCUUGCUGGGAUUGGGGUGGGGGCCAAGGGCCAUGUUUCCCUGCUUCCAGCAGGAGGGAGGGACAGGGCUCCCAGGCCCCUCCAAGCCUGGGAAAGGAUGUGGUGAUGGCACCAAGCAGAGGUGGAGGGAACUGUUGCUGUCCUGCCUCUGGACCUUGGGGCUUUGGCGUUGUGGCCCGGCCUCCCCAGGCAGCUCUGGAACCUGGAAGUUUGCUUCUGAUGGAGCCAGCUUUCCCUUGCCCCAGGCAGUACUGGGGAACCUUCUCCAGCUUCACACUUGCUGCUUCAAGCACUGCUGGGGCCUCACGGCUUGGCUGGAAUCUGGGACUGCAUCUCUGCGGAGAAGAGCUGUGGAUCCUCCUGCCCCCAGACCCCGAGGCCCAGGGCUCCGCAUCUGUGUUUGGGCUUCUCUGGACUCCUAGGGAAUGGGGAGGUGGGGUGGGGGGAGCACUGCUUGCUGCUGACAGGCCUCAGGCCUCAGCUCGGAGAUUAUUGUCCUGGUUUUUUUUGCCUGGUCCAGUGCUGGGGACAAGCCUUUGGCUGCCAGGGCUCCCAGGCCUAGGUCUGGGGCUGGCGUUUGGUGUGAGGGUUCAGGAUGCUCCAGUCUGUGCAAUAAUAAACCUGCAUCUGCUCACGG